AUGGACCAGAGCGAUUUUAUCAUGACUAACCGAUUUAACAAUCCAGACAUGAUGUUUUAUGAAGAUCGACUACACACGUUUGAACAUUGGUCCAAACAAAUUAGACCCAGUAAAGAAGCAUUGACUAAAGCCGGGUUUUACUAUACUGGCACUGCGGACAAAGUGAUUUGUUUUGCUUGUGGUGUGAAUCUGGCGUCAUGGGAACCCACGGACGAACCUUGGAGGGAACACGAAAAAUGGUCACCAGCUUGCAUCUACUUGAAAAUGACUGGUUACGAUAAACUACCAACGGAUGUCCAAGAUAAACCCUGGUUUAAUUCCAACAGCGUUACUGGAGCCAAUUUGUUUCUUGGACGUCGCUGA